AUGAGCAGUCUCAACGGUGCCUCGUCCACCAGCACCAGCAUUCUCUCCGAGCGCCAGAAGGACGAGCUGCACAAAUCCAUCCUCGACUACUUCAAAACCAACAACCUCCACGACUCCUACGCCACCCUCCUGCGCGAAGCCAACCAGGAAGGCUUUGUUCCCGAUCCACGCGCCAAAUAUGCCGGUCUCCUCGAGAAGAAAUGGACUUCCGUCAUCCGACUCCAGAAAAAGAUCAUGGAGAUGGAAUCUCGGAUCACGCAGCUCACCGAAGAACUCUCCGCUGCACCUUCCGCCAAACGAUCAGCUUCCCUCUCCGAUUGGUUGCCUUCCACAUCAUCCGCCCGACACAACAUGCAGGGACAUCGCCUUCCCGUGGUCAAAGUCACCUUCCACCCCGUAUUCAGUCAGAUCGCCAGUGCGUCCGAAGACACCACUGUGAAACUCUGGGACUGGGAAACCGGUGAUUUCGAACGAACCCUCAAGGGACACACCAAAGCAGUGCAAGACGUCGACUUUGAUUCCAAAGGCAACUACGUCGUUUCCUGCUCCAGCGACCUCUCCAUCAAAGUGUGGGAUGCCAACAACGACUACAAGAACACAAAGACGUUGCACGGUCACGAUCACAGCGUCUCCAGCGUCAGAUUCCUACCGGGCGAUGAUUACCUGGUAUCCGCGAGUCGAGAUAAGACGAUCAAAGUGUGGGAGUUUGCCACUGGGUUCUGCACACGGACAUUGCACGGACACGGAGAAUGGGUGAGGUCGGCGAUACCCAGCGAUGACGGCAAGCUGUUGGUGAGUUGUUCCACGGACCAGACUGCCCGCGUAUGGGACUUGGCGACGGGCGAGACGAAACAAGAGCUGCGAGGUCACGAACAUGUCGUGGAAGCAGCCAUCUUUGCUCCUGUCUCCAGCUACGUUGCCAUCCGACAACUAGCAGGUCUCACCACUCCCGCAACAAAGGACACCACAGCGAACGCACCCGGUGCAUUCGUAGCAACAGGAUCUCGAGACAAAUCCAUCCGAAUAUGGGAUUCCUCUUCAGGGCAGUGUCUCAAGACGCUUGUGGGGCACGAUAAUUGGGUGAGGGGGUUGGCGUUCUCACCGAACGGGAAACACCUCUUGUCGGUAUCCGACGAUAAGACGAUGCGAAUAUGGGAGUUGACGUCGGGUCGGUGUACGAGGACGAUCGAAGCGCAUCAGCAUUUUGCGACGAGCAUCGCAUGGGGUAAGGCUAAGAUCGAAGCACCUAUCCCGCCAGCUCAGGAUGGAGAGGUGGAGAAGAAACAGCCAGAGGCGAGGACCGUCAACGUCGUGGCGACGAGUAGCGUUGAUUUGAGCGUCAAGAUCUGGACACCGUAG